AUGCAAGCACUUGGUUUAGAACUUGAAUAUGUCACUUCGAAGCAAGGAAAUGUUAAAUUUAUACUUGUCCAUGCACCCUUUCGUGUUUUAAUGAAACAAGCAGAAUUAUUAAUGAUUAGAAUGCCUGUACAUAGAAAUGAUGAAGUUAAUUUAAUGGAUGGUUGUAUAAAUUCAAUUUUAAAAAGAAUAAAAUUUCUGAAUCAUAAAGAAUCGCUUAAAAAUCGAAUAGAAACAGAAGAAUAUUUUUGUCAACCAUUUGUUGCUCAACAUUUACAUUGUUUUGUAAAUUGGGAAAAUCCAGACAAUUUCUUCUCUCGAGCUGAUCGUGCUCGUAUGGUCUAUGAUUUAUUAAUUAGAACACGUUAUGAUAGAGGGAAUAGAGUAGACAAAAUGCGUUUUGGAAUUGAAAGGCUUAUUAGAAAUAAUACUUAUUCUGCUGCUUAUCCACUUCAUGAGGAAUUGGAUACUUCUUCAAAAACGGAUGAUUAUUCGACUUGUCCCAGUGAUCGUCAAUUGUUAUACGAAACAUGGGUUAAACUAAAAAAUAUCGUUAAAUAUCAACCUCUAGAUUUAAUUCAAAAAUAUUAUGGAACAAAAAUUGCUUUUUAUUUUGCUUGGUUAGGCUUCUAUACUCGUUGUUUAUAUCCUAUUUCAAUUUUGGGUGUUAUUUGUGUUAUUUAUGGACUUUUUACUAUGAGCACAGAUAUUUCGAGUAAUGAUAUUUGUUAUGGACCAGAUGGGUCUGUUUCUCAAGAACUACUUUGUCCUGCUUGUGAAAAAUUUUGUGAUUAUAUUCCUUUGAAUAGUACUUGUCUUUACUCAAAGGCGGCAUAUGUUUUUGAUAAUUAUGCAACAAUUGCUUUUACUGUUAUAAUGUCUAUUUGGAUGACUGUAUUUGUUGAAUUAUGGAAAAGAUAUCAUGCAGAAUUGGCUUAUAAAUGGAAUGUUUUGGGGUAUGAACCUGAUGAAGAAGUUAUUAGGCCAGAAUAUCAAUAUUAUAAGAGAGCAAAAAUGAAAAUUAAUAGAGUGACUAAAGAAGCGGAGCCUUAUAUUUCACUUGCAGAAAAGGCUCUUCGUAUUUUUGGAUCAGCUAUAACUGUUUUAUUUUUUAUUUGCUUGGUUAUAGCACUUUUAUUUGGAAUUAUUGUUUAUAGAAUAAUUGUAAGAGGUGUUUUUAAUGCUAGAGAAAACAGCGAAUUUAUUCAAUCGCAAGCAGUUAUAUUUACUUCCGCCACAGCUGCUUUAAUUAAUUUAAUAUUUAUUAUGAGUAUGAAUUAUUUUUAUAAUAAAUUGGCUUAUAAAUUAACAAAUUGGGAAUAUCCAAGAACUCAAAGUGAAUUUGAUAAUUCUUUUACAUUUAAAGUCUUUCUUUUUCAAUUUGUCAAUUUUUAUUCAUCAUUGUUUUACAUUGCAUUCUUUAAAGGAAGAUUCGCAGGUAUUCCAGGAACACCCACAAAUUCAACAGGAGGAUAUGCAGAUCCACAUGAACUUAAAGUUGGAAAUAUUCGUUUAGAAAGGUGUGAGGCUGCUGGUUGUAUGGUGGAAUUAAUGAUUCAAUUAAUUGUUAUUAUGAUUGGGAAACAAGCAAUUAAUGGAUUUAUUGAAUUGGCAUAUCCAAUGGUUUGUUAUUGGUUUAGACGUUGGAGACUUUCAAAGCCUGAAACUGAGCAACAAAAAAUUGAAAGAAUUAAAAAAGAGAAGGAACAUUCGCCUGAUACUAAUGUUUGUUUGUGUGAAAAGGAUUAUGCCUUAAACCCCGUCUCUCAACAAUUUCUUUUUGAUGAAUAUUUAGAGAUGGUUAUACAACUUGGGUUUUGUACAUUAUUCGUGGCAGCAUUUCCUUUAGCUCCACUUUUAGCUUUAAUUAAUAAUAUUUUUGAAAUUCGUUUUGAUGCUUAUAAAUUUAUUGUGACUAUGAGAAGACCUGUACCUGCACAAUCUAGAAAUAUUGGUGUUUGGCUUACAAUAAUAAACAUGCUUUCAAAUAUUGCUGUAUUAUGCAAUGCUUUUGUAAUUGCCUUUACUUCUGAUUUUAUACCUAAAAUUUAUUAUAGAAUGACACAAGGAACUUUACACGGACCUCCCUGUUCUCUCGAAAAAUAUAAUUUUACAUUUGAUAUUCCUUGUGCUGAAAAUUAUGAAUUUACUGAUAGUUGGUGGAUUAUUUUGGCUUUUAGACUUGCUUUUGUUUUGGUUUUUGAAUUAAUUGUACUAACUAUUAAAGCAAUGUUUGCUUAUAUAAUACCAGAUAUGCCUACAGAAAUAAUUAAACAACUUAGAAGAGAACGAUAUUUGAUGAGACAAGCAGUUCUUCAAAGAAGAGAUUCUUUAGAAAUAGAUAAUACAACAGAUGAAACAAAUUCAAAUUCUUCUGAUAUUUUGGGUGAUUUUGAGGAUGAAGAAGGAGAAGAGGAGGAAGAAAGGGAAGAAGAAGAAAAUAAUUUAAAACUCCAACAAUUAUCAACAAAUUUUCAAAAAGAAGCAAAAGAAUUUGAUGCAAUGAAAAGAUUAUUUUCAAAAAAGAAAAUACCUUCAAUGGCAACAACAACAAAACAAGAAGAAAAUAUUAAGUUGGGGGAUAUUGGAAAAACUUUACCUUCAACAAAUACAUCAGAAAAUAACAACAAAAACAACAAAUUACUCAAUAAAUGGCCGUCUCCCUCAAUGCUUGUUGUUCCCCCUCCAACUUUUGAAAUGAAAACAGCAAAAUCUAAAAGUAAAAGUAGUCGAGAAACAUCAACAACAAGUCAAAAAAGCAACGAAAUUGACGGAGAAUAG